AUGGAGCUGCAAAAUCAAGUUUAUUUAUUAAUAGCCAUAUUUGGCGGUAUCUCCGCAUUGCUGCUAGUGUUUAUUGUUAUUUUAUCCAUUUAUGUGAUCAACAUUAGGAAACUAGUCAUUGUUCGAGAACCCGAGAGAAAGUAUGAAAACUAUGGAUUUGAACACGACACGGCAGUCCGUAAUAUCACCGACGAUCUAAGAUCGAUGAAAUCGGAGGGUGUUCAACGUUACCCAUACAAAAGCAAUCUCGCAAAACCUCGCAACGACGGUGCGGCACUACAAAGGAACGAUCGACGGAAGGACCAGAAGCAAUCGGCCGGUAGUCGCGGGCUCAACGAUCUUAAACGUCAGCAAUCGGAAAGCGGUGAUACAUCGGGGCGUGACUUUGAUAGCGCAUUCGAUAACGAAAUAAACAAUAUGUUUUUUAUCGACGAUUACGACGAUGAUGAUCGCGAUAGUGUCGUGAGCGUUGAUAGAAACCCUCGAUACAACCAAAAGCCUCGUCAUCAAGCCGCUCCCCCACCCCUUGUAACCACUGGAAGGAUAGCCAAUGGUGGAAAUCGCAACAAGAAUUUUGCUCACAAUGGAAAUAAUACCAGCAGACAGCAAUCUGGCAAUCAACAGAUUGGAAACAGAUCAACUGGUAAAACUGAGCGUCAGAACUCUGCGCAUCAUCCGGGAGAUUUGCAUGAGGGAAAGACAUACUUCAAUGAUAGAGGUAUGCAUUACUGA